GGCUGAAACUCCUGAACAAGAGAAAGCGAGCGAGAGGAAAUGUUCUUCGGAGAAGAUGAGUUUCUGCAGAAUCCUCCAUAUAAAAACUCGUAUCCGUAUACGUAUCCCGAAGAUCCAAGUGCUAGCUCCUCCUCCUCAUGCGCCCAAGGACACCGAUCGUCUCUGAGCUUGAAGACCUCGGAAGGUGGAAGCAUCUGCCUCGUCUGCUUCUGCAACCUCAUCUCCAACCCUACCUCUCCAUCCGUACACGUCAUCUACGCGCUCUCUCAGCUUUCCCAUGCUAUCUCACAGCCGGCAUUCCUCCGUAAUCUUCGAACUUUUCAUGCUCAUCUCCUCAUCUGUCCACUCGUUCAGGGGCUCUCCUCCUUCGACGACGAAGCCAUCGCUCGAUACACGACCGAUCUCGUUUCUAAUCUCUGUGAUUCAGAUGAUCCCUCUCUUUCUUGCGAUUUCGUGGUGCAGAUUGCAGAUCGCCUCUCUUCUGCUGCAUUGGUGUGGAGCCGUCGUCAGGUCUAUCCGUUACACUGCUUAGGGGUGCUCUUGAAUCGACGGGCUGAUAAUCCCUCCAGCCCCAUCAAAAACAGAAGAGCUUUCAUUGCCAACCUUGUUGCAGGUCUUCAGUUACCAAGUGAAGAGAUUCGUGGUGAAAUACUCUAUGUUUUGUAUAAACUAUCCAUUCUUCAAGAUGCUUGCGGAGAUGGUGACAAAGGCGAUGAUGAUUUAUUAGCCUUCUGUCCAAAGCUCUUGUAUCUAUCCCUGGAGGCCCUCAUGAAGACCCAAUCUGAUGAAGUUCGCUUGAAUUGUGUAGCACUUCUGACGGUUUUAGCUCAAAGAGGAUACUUUGAAAACUUGUUUGUGGAUGACCCGAUUGGAAAGAGUUCUAGAGAAGCAGAUAUGCAGGGGACAGAACUUGAUACAACUCCCUUGAUUAUCUUGUUUGCUGAGGCUGUCAAAGGCCCUCUGCUUUCUUCUGAUGCUCAAGUCCAGAUUGGCACAUUGGACCUGAUCUUUUCCUGCAUGUCAUGGGUAGGCAACCCCACCAAACAAAUACAAGACCUGGUGGAAGAAAGCAUUGCCGAUUAUGUAUUUGAAAUACUCAGAUUGUCAGGAGAGAAUGAUCCUAUGGUUAAUUCCUGCCUACGAGUUUUGGGUCUUCUAUCCAUAGCCGAGCAAGCCUUCAGACAAAGGCUUGCAGUUGGGUUCCCAACUCUUGUUCCUGUUCUGCGUUACGUGGCGGAAGUGCCCUUUCAUCCUGUUCAAUCUCAUGUACUGAAGCUUGUCUGGAGCUGCAUCUCUGACUGCCCCGGAAUAGUAUCAAGGUCCCAACUGGAGGAGUUGGUUUUAGUCUUGACAGGAAUGUUCGAAAAACAUACCAUUGGGGAGAUGGGCAUGCUUCCUGAGACCUUCAGCAUAGCUUGUUCAAUCUUUGUAGCUCUACUGAAAUCCCCAUCAUCUCAUGGUAUUCCAACUCUGACAACAUCAGUUCAAGAAUCAUCAAGAAAUGCAGUUUUAUCUUGUCUCUGUAUCCCCCCAAAACAUCCUGACCAACUUCUUCUGUCCUCCCUUUACCUCCUGAAAGAAGCACAUGCAUAUAGUCACGAAGAGAACUCCCUCAAUAUGGAAAUGGGUAACUGUGUUAUUGAAUUGUGUAAAACCCAUUUAUUACCUUGGUUUCGUAGGGUUAUUGAUGAAAUAGAGGAGGCGGAUAUCAUCCUGGGGGUACUGGAAACUUUUCACUCAAUACUGCUUCAGGGAUCAGAUUUCCAAGCCAGGAACUUUGCAGAGAUUCUGGCUUCUUCCUCUUGGUUCAGCUUGUCCUUUGGAUGCUUAGGCUUAUUCCCAACAGAUAAGAUGAAAUCAAGAGUAUACCUGUUGCUAAGUUCAGUUGUAGAUGGAUUGCUGGGAAAUGAUUCUGGUCAGCCCAUCAGAGAUGCUGCUCCACAUAUGCCAUUAGAUCCUCUUGAUUUGCUGUUUCUGCUAGGGCAGAAGAGCUCCCAUGAUUUGGACCUCAUCUCUUGCCAAUCUGCAGUUCUUCAAAUACUAUAUACAAGCUCUUUAUACGAUGAAAGACUUGCAGAUGAGAAGCAGGUUUUAGCUUCUUUAGAGCAAUAUAUUCUUGUCAACAGCAGUAAUCUUCUAUGCAGAACCACUGAUUCAGUGAUAUUGACCCAAUUGGUGAAUCUAUAUGGCUUAUUUAGAGGUAUUGCCAAGAUGUACUACCAAAUCCCAUAUAGUCCGGAGGCUGAGAAGCUUCUCUUCCAUCUAAUAAUUGAAGAGGAAUGGGACCUACUCUCUUUGAGAAUCCAUCCAAUAGCACUGAAAUGGUUGUUUCAACAAGAGAAGAUCUCUGGACCCAUGUCAAAUCAAGUAUUGAACUUUUGCAGAUCCAAUGGCAUGAAUGGGAAUCAGAUCAUUGGCCAUGGAAUUAACACCCGGUUGAUAGAUGUAAAAGUGAUUGCAGAACUCGUAGCAGCAGAAGAUAACCAUGGAGCAGCACUUCUGGUAUGUUUACUGAAGCAGUUACAAGAGGAAGAAGGCCAGGAGAAUGAGAUUACUUUGGUGAUGAAUUGCAUCAUUGAAAUCCUCAACAUAUGUCCAGCUUCUUCAGACAGGUUAUGCUUGCACGGCAUUGGCAAUGCAAUCCACAGCCUGUAUUAUUAUUCAAGCUAUUUUGCUUCACCUCAAAACUUUGGGACCAGUGCACUUCUAAUUUUCAACAUCCUACGAUCAGUGCAGUCUGAAAUACUCUUUGAUGAUGAAGCUUGGCUUCCUGUGGCUGUGAAGAUGCUGGAAUUUUUUAUUGCAAGUAUGAGUGCAGACACAUGCAACCAUGGCAGGCUCCUAGUAAUUGGCAUUCUUGCCUUGAUCCUGCAUCACUCCACCAACCAUGCGCUCCCAGAAGCUUCAAAAGCCAUAAUUCUGAAUACUUUCUUGGCCACCACAAUUCACAACAUAAUCAGUGCUGCUUGCUCCAAGGGCCCAGCUUUAAUUGAUCAUGAAACAGAAACAAGCACGGGACAAACCCUAAUAUUUGUGCUUUUACUGUACUUUUUCUCUUUGAGAAGUUUGCAUUCUCUUCUAUCAGGGGCUGUCGAAUGGCAGAAUUUCCUUGAGGCAUCCGACGGGACUGAGCAACAUCCAUACAUAUGCAUUAGAGUCCAUUUUUUAUGCAGACUGGUACAUUUUGGGUCUCCUCCAGUGAAACUUGUUGCUUCACAUUGUUUGUUGGAGUUGCUUACCAGAAUCUCAGAUGACAGACAUACCAAACGUGACAAACUAAAAUGCUCUACAGGGUACUUGAAAUCUGUGAUGGCUGUUCUGGAGGGCCUGAUUUUCUAUGCUGAUACUAGAAUAGCCAUGAACUGUGCUGUCUGUCUAUCUAUGAUCAUGGGAUGGGAGAGACUAGGGGUGCAAGAGACAAGAGUCAUCAAAGAUGAUAAGUGGUGUAGAUUGGUCAUGGAGGAGUUGGCAUUGUCUUUGGCAGCCCCAGGUUUGGCAUCAAGAUCAUUCUCAAAUCAUCACAGGCCUGCAGCCCGAAUAGCCAUUGCAUUAUUAAGAUUAGGACAGGUGCCUACAUGGAUGAGAUCUGUAUUUGAUGGUUCCUGUAUUUCUGGUAUAAUUGAAAAACUUUCAGCCAGUAAUGUGACAGCAGAGAUGGCACACUUGUUUCGAGAGCUACUGCACUCUGGCUACUUGAGUGAAGAGGAUAUUGCAGGUCUAAAUCGUGUCUUCCAGGCAUGCCGUAAACAAGUAUACAUAGACAGUUCUCAAGAAAGCAACACAGAGGAGCAUCAUGAGAAGGUGAUUUCCAUCCCAGAUGAUAUUGGCAAGAUAUGUGAGUUACUCAUCAAUGCCAUGUCAUCUGAUUCCUCUCUAAGUAUUCCUUCUGAAGGAGUCCACAAUGACAAGAAUAGUUUGUUGGAAGAAAUAGAAAUGUUUUCUCGGGAGUCAGCAGAAAGAUAAUGGCAAGAUCACUUUUCAAUA